CCGAAGAUACACUCUCAUGAGGAAAUGUAUCACGCCUGUGAUACCAACAGUAUCUGUUAUGUGAGGCGACAUCUACGUGCUCUGUUCCUUUCGUUUCUCACUUAACCCGGCCGUGUCCUAUCCUUCUAGCCUACGGUCUCAUUCAAAGAUUACAUACCACCACGUCCAGUCGUUACAGAUUAUUCUUCAUACAAUGUAUUUUUCCAAGGUUGGAGUUCUCGCGCUUUUGCAGACCGGUCUCACAUGUGCCUCGGCCAUCUCUCCUUCGUGGAACGUCAACGUCAAGCGCAAUCCCCUAUCCGGGAGGGCUCUGACACGCAAGGCCGAAACAAACGCAACAUUCUAUGCUUACGGAACAAACUCAUCUUCGUGGCCUAUUGCUUAUGGACUGGAUGACGGCUACCUAUACAUCACUCAGACCCCUGACGACGCCAAUGCCAACCUUGCCCCGAUCACUUGGGAUCUCCCACCCACCACGGGAGAGAACUGGAAGGUUAACGGCAUGUUCGUGAACGGAACAUCUGCCGGCCCUUUGACCAUCACUGACAGCGAUGAUAAUACAAUGGGCCUUACUCAAACCCCUCAGGCAGUCACUGUCAACCAGACUACCUAUGGAUGGGCAUUGUUCGCGACGCAGCUCGUGUACAACAACAACUUACAGCUGGAGGCACAGUUCUGGGCGAAGCCGUCCGAGUGGGAAGAUACCUAUCUCCUGUUCUGGAACGCGGACCAGCUAGUUACGGAUGGAAGUUUCCCUGUUGUAGUUAAGGGAGUUGAGAACUCCUAGAGUACACAUUGUUUGCUCACUUGUUGGCUCUGGCCGUUCAAAUCACUAUUAUGAGUCGUG